AUGGUAAUCAAACCAAAAAUCCACGCUGAUCGUCGAAAACGAUAUGAUUUAAAAGUUAAAUUGAAGCGUCUUAGUUUAACAACAUUUGACAAAAAAUAUAAAAAGAAACGUGCAAAAGUCAAAGCCAGUUACUGUCAGAAACAAAAAGAGUUGAUGGAAGCCUCAGCUGCUGCAUCAUCACUAGCUGUUCCCGCUACUCCUUCAGCAAAAGAUCUACGGAAACUCGAGGGUGCCAAACGUCGUCGUUCAAACACAGGCCAGUUAAAAAAUGAAAACCCUUAA